AAUUUGACUUCUCUGGGCUAUAAAAGCUACCUGUUCGCAUCGAUUGGCAAAUUAGUCGCUCAUUUCAAUCGCAAUAUGAAGCUGCUUUCGGUUGCCUUUCUGCUCGGCCUUCUGGCUUUGGCCAGCGCCACUCCUUUGAAUCCCGGCAAUGUGAUCAUCAACGGCGAUUGCAGAGUUUGCAAUGUUCGAGGCGACUAAAAAUUAUUAUUAAAAGCUGGAUGCUGCUGAUGAAUUGUGAAAAAAAAACAUUAAAUAAAAUGAGUUCUUUGAAACAUUAAA